CAACCUGAGCUCGACCACAAACUAUCAAUUCACCUCCGGCACUAUUUGAAAGAAAAAAAAAAAAAAAAAAAGAUCUAUAAAGUCUGUUUGUCGGCGAGUUGGAGAGACGACCAAACACAAUGUGUCCUCUGAAUGACAGUAACUUUGUGGAUACGGAGGACGCGGCGAGAGAUGAAAGUCUGGCCACGCUGGAGAUCUCGCUUCUCAGUGUCAUCUUCAUUAGCGCCGCCAUCCUCAACACCUCCCUGCUGAUCGUCCUCUGGAGAAAGCGCAAACAGAUGUCCAGGAUGCGCGUCUUCGUCUUCCACCUGUGCCUGGCGGAUCUGGUGGUCGCUUUCUUCCAGGUGUGCCCACAGCUCGUGUGGGAUAUCACCGACAGGUUCGUCGGACCAGACCUGGUGUGCCGCCUGGUGAAGUACCUUCAAGUUGUCGGGAUGUUUUCAUCCACUUAUAUGAUCGUGGUGAUGACAGUUGACAGAUACCAGGCUGUCUGCAACCCGAUGGUGAAGUUCCAGCGGACAAGCACGAGACUUAACAUCCUUGUGUGCAUGGCGUGGGGGAUUUCUCUGCUUUGCAGCUUGCCACAGGUUUUCAUUUUCUCACAGGUCGAGGUUUCACCUGGUGUGUUUGACUGCUGGGCCACAUUCGUCCAGCCGUGGGGGCUGCAGACUUACAUAACCUGGACCACCCUGGUUAUUUUUAUUUUACCUGUUAUUACAGUUGUUGUUUGCCAAGUGCGCAUCUGCCGAGCCAUCCAGAUCAACUUGUACCAAAAGACUCAACAGCAGGGCAACGUGGGUCUCCCUCUGCCAUCCAGAGCCAGUGGUGUGGCCAGAAUGUCCAAGGCCAGGGUGAAGACGCUGAAGAUGACAGUGGUCAUCGUGCUGGUUUAUAUUGUCUGCUGGGCUCCCUUCUUCACCGUCCAGCUUUGGUCCGCCUGGGACACAAAUGCGCCGAAAGAAACUGCGACUUUCACAAUCCUGAUGUUGCUGGCCAGUCUGAACAGCUGCGCGAAUCCCUGCAUAUACCUUCUGUUCAGCGGUCAGUUUCCCAAGAGGCUGCCGCUGGUGACACUCCUGUGCCAGCGGCGAAACGAAGGUAAUGAUUCAAUCAAUGAAGAGAAGACGCUGGUCAGUACGUUGUACAUUAGCUUCAAAAAUGUCUCUGAGUCCAAAUGA